AUGUCGGCUGUCUGGGAUAACAUCGAGGCAACCAAAGCGGAAGUGGCGGAAUACAAGUCGGCUCCCGGUCGAGCACGAAAGUCAGCCGUGGAAGCCUUCUUCGCAGAUGACGAUGAGGUGGAGCCAGGCGGAACUGAUGACAAGGUCCUCGCAGUGCUGAAAAGAGAUUCAUCGCACAUCAUGGGCUUGAAGCUUGAUAUGCCGAGGGAGCUAUGGCAACGAUUGGAGCGAAGCAGUCCCAUUCCUUGGAUAUUCAGCCACUUGAAUGACCUGCAUGUCACACCACCGAGCAGAUGGCGCGGUCAACCACGGAUUCCCUUCCUCGCUCCGCAUCUGCGGGUUCUGCGUUCCGAUGGCUUCGAGGCAUAUGCCAUCCAUCAACUGGUGUCAUCUAGUCUGACGACGUUGGUCCUCCUUCAUGCUGGUAGUCAGCGAAAAGCGCACGUUCUAGCGACACUGCGAGCCGUACCAAAUCUAGAGCAGCUCCCCCUUCGAGUCUGUCUUGCGGAGGAGGAGAAAGGUGGUAUGGAUGCUAUGAUGAUCGCAAAUCUCCCGGCCCUUAGAUACUUUGAGUUGUGCCUUGAAUGGGAGGAGAAUCUCUGGCUUCUAGGAGCGCUCCGUUACCCAGACACGACCUCCGUGAUAUUCGGCCUCUCAUACGUCCGUGAGUGGGAGACGGCUGUCCUGCUUGAAGGCGUCGGCACGAUUAUCAACGGAGCUGUAUUGAAGAAGGCGCUCCGUCGUUGUACCAUCCGUAUCUGGGGCACAGAUGGCUUGAUGAUCUGGUUCUCAAGACUGCCAGGAGAUACGAAUCAUACAAAGAGGGAAGAAGCGAUUACAUUGAUCUUUCGUUGCUACAAAGACGACGAUGAAUACGGCAUCUUGGGACUUCUGACUGAAAACACCAGCCCGUCGCUCGCAGCAGUCGAACACCUCCCUGUCCAGGAAAUGGUGGUUCGCACUGCGGCGAGUGCACAUACAUGGAAGAACGUACUUCGAGCGAUGCCUCGGGUGAGCGACUUGGUGCUCAUCGGGAAUGCAGCCGCGAACUUCCUAGUGGACAUUGGCCCUGCCCUCUGGACUCAUGCAGCCGUGGCUGAUACUAGCAAGGCCGAGGAUGUGUUCACACAACUCGAGAACAUAGCCCUGGACCAGGUCACAUUUGGCUCAGCGAACUUGGUCAGGAGCGCCUACGCAUACCUGCUCAGGUUUGCUCAGGUCCUUCCGAUUGGAAGAGAGAUUAAAAUUACCGUCCACGAGGCAGUCGAUCUCAGAGACGAGGAUGUCAGGCAAGUGGUGCUGGAUGUAGAGAACCUUGGGCCUGUGCUUUUAGCAAUCGAGUACCUGCAGCUCCCUAGAUACGAACAUGCCUGGAAGGUCCUACUUUGGGCGAUAACAUGGGUCGAAGAGUUCAGAUACCGAAAGUCGGUCACCUCGCCAGAGUUGAAGAGAUCCGGUAUGGCGCACGUUAAAAGGGAGUGGUUUCCUAUUUCCUCGCACGCAAGCGGAGACGAACAAUAUAUGACAUACACCCUCUUGCAUCCGCUGCCUAUGCGGGAGGGAUUUCUUCCAAUGGCGCGGCACGAGGACCCGACGAUGCCUCGACCGUAUGGAAGGCAGAAUCAUCUCACCGUGGUUGGCUUGUCCCAACGCGAGGAUACGCAUAGGCUGUCGCCAAUCAGUCGUUUGCCUGCAGAACUAAUGGUCGCCAUCCUCAUCGGCGCUAUCGUCGAUGAGAAGGCCGCAUCAGAGAAAGAAGGGCGCUCGCCACAUUCUUGGCUAAAAUUCCUCCACGUUUGUGGCACCUGGCGUCAGCUCAUAUACACAAAGUCAAGCCUCUGGACGGAGUUCAACGCCACGAGUGCGGACGUAACGCAGUACAUGCUGGAUCGCAGCGGCGCACAGAAAGCGGUGGUGAAAGGGUGCAUGCGCGGGUACCCCGAGGAGAGGUGCGAAGGGAUCCUCUCGGUUCUGCAGAGGGAAUCGCGGCGACUUGAGAGCCUGGACCUCGACAUGCACACGGAGACAUGGCGGGGUUAUUGCCUCGGCAACCCAGAGCCCUGGAUGCUGGACGAGCUCGAGUCCCUAACGGUCGCGAUGCCCAUGUUCUGGUAUGCGCAGGCGCAUCUACCAUUCGCAACCGCGAAGCUUAAGACGCUAGAAUCUAAGAACUUUGACUUCCGCGCCAUCUGGCCGCUCAUGGGCCCCACACUCAAGAAGCUCGUUGUCAGACUUGAUGCGGCGCUACAGACACCGAGGGCCGUCCAUGCCACUAUCAGAGCGGUCCCGAACCUCGAGGAUCUCACCCUGCACGUCAGGCUAUGGAGGAUCAACUUGAUCGACUACUUGGUGACCCCGCAGAGCAUCACUCUCCCAUGCCUGAAACGCAUCGAGUUGUACAUCAACAGCGAGGAGCAUCUGCGGCUGCUUGCCCUGCUCCAGUAUCCUAUCACGGCAUCGACCACUUUCCAGCUGGACUGCCAAGACUCGUUGGUAGUGUCCGCCCUUAUCAGCGGUGUCAGCCAGGCCGUCAACGACGUGGUGGCCAGGCAGGGCCUCCAUCACUGCACCAUGGGGGAGUUCAACACGUCGGGGAUCCAGAUCACAUUCGCCAGGUCCAGGCAAGAGAUGGAAGCGGGGAUGAGUGAACAGGAGUUCAAGCUGGCCGUUAGUGGCUACCAUGUCGAUCAGGAAGCCAAUAUUAUGGGGCAGCUUGCCCAACACCUCGCGCCUGCACUCGCAUUGAUAGAACACCUGCAGUUUUCCAGAGCAACCAACCGAAAUGACAGACGUGCCCAUGCUUGCAAGGUCCUCUUUCGAGCGAUGAUUGGGGUGCGGGAGCUGGAGGCUGUCGGGGGGAAAGCAGCACAAUUCCUAUGGCAGAUACUAGCCCCCCGUUCCGCUCAAGGGACGACCGGGGCCGGAAGAUUGUGCCCCAAUCUCGAGAACGUAACCUUGCGCUGGAUGCCGUUUGGUUGGCCAGAAGAGGAGUCCAAGAUUGAUAAGGCUUUUAGGAAUCUGCUAAGCUUUGCUCAGUGUCUCCAAGUGGGAAACUACCGAACAAAACUCACCAUCGUGGACGGGAUAAAUCUCCCGGAUGAAGUUGUCGAUCGCGUGCGAAGCAUUAUGGUGAACCUGGGGUGGGUUGGGCAAAUCGUGGUCCGGGGGGGUUGGAAAUUGUAAUAGCGGGUGGAAUAACAAUGAGCGGGUCGAAUGAGAGGUGUGUCCAGAGCGCGGGAUGUCAAUCAAAGCGUGCAAAGUUCCCUCGGGUCGUGUCGUAUCCUGUUUCGUACUAUACGUCCUAUUAGCAUACUUUAUCUUUCACCGUCCUGACAUAAGAGUCUAAGUCUCUUGACUCUCUACUCUCUGUGGAAUGCAGAAUGCUUCAAAGUUCCGACGAGCCUGCGAUCUUACCAGAUCAGUUCUUCAUCUAGUCACCAGAGUCGAGGUGAUCAGAGCGAUUCCUGGGUCAUUGCACGAGCCUUUUCU